UUGUUAGUAAUCAAAACAAGGUUGAGCCUCCACAAAUCACUAUACCAAAAGUAGAACCUCAGUUAACCAAAAAGGAAAGUUCGACCAUUACAAAAAGUCCCACCAAAGUGAUCACUGCAGCAACUGCUGCCGGUCCCAUUGAAACUAAGCCAAUAAUUAGCGAAGCUGUUAUACAAGCGCAACUGAAUAAACAGCAGCAGCAACAGCAGCAACCCACAGGUGUUCAACAACAAAAUCAGCAAACAACUCAGCAGCAGCCGCAUCAGUCAUCAAACCAUCAUCAACAUCAACAACAGCAGCUGCACCAUCACCACCACCAUUCUCAUCAUCAUCAUCAAAAUAGUUCAACAUCUGUUAAUCCGAAAACUUCAACUGAAAAGUAUGUGAAAUGCAAAACUGAAAAGUCGUCUAAUGAGACCACUUCAGAAAAGACUUGCACUCCUCUGUCUUCUUCUUCUUCCUUGAGUAGUGGUAAUGGAAAUGUUGGAAGCAUUGGUUUAAAUAUGAAUCCGGAAAAAUCCGUCCAUGAUACCAAACAGACUAAAUCGCAAAAGUCAAAGGACAAAUCGGAGCCUUCCAAGUCCACCUCUGAAUUGAAAAAUCAAAAAUCUCUACACGGCCUAUCGACACGCGAGAAACAAGGACAGAAUAUGUUAAUGGCCCAAACGCAGGCAUUAAAAGCUUUUCAUGGUUCCUUGCAAAUCAAAGAAGAAGAUCGCAUGCUGCAAACCAUGACUUCGUCUGCCGCAGCGGCUGCCGCCCAUGAAAAAUUGCAUUUCAAACCUGCCGAGCAUAUAACCAAUCAAAUUGAUUUAAAUAAAAUAGCUCCGCAAUUUCAGAUUAAUCAGUUGCCCAAUUAUCCCACAUCGCAAUAUUGGCAAUGGGAUUAUUACAGUUAUAAUCUUUCACACUUGGACGCUGCAGCACAGAAAAAUUCAAAUAAAUUUCAUAAUAUUUACAAUCAUCAUAAUUUAUAUCAAUCGGCUAAUUUAGCUAUGCAAGCUCAUCAUAUUCAACAGCAGCAUCAGCAACAACAACAUCAACAGCAGCACCAGCAACAGCAACAACAUCAUCAUAGUAAAGAAAAAUUGAAAGCAGAACGUAAAACAAGUCCACUAAAAAAAGAAGAAACGAUGAAAAAUCUGAACAAUAAUAGCGCCACUGGCAGCAGUGAAUUACAGAUGCGUGAUGAGACAUCAUCGUCGUCGUGCAGUUAUAAUACCGGCCAAAAUCCAUUAUACGGCAAUCAAAGUACUAACAACAACAAUAAUAAUAGCGGGCAAAAGAAUAGAUCAAUGACCAAUCAGCAGACUUCGUCGAGCAAAUAUCAUGGGGCUCAGCACGUUGCCGCAGCUGCGGCCGCGGCAGCAGCAGCUGGUGUGUUAACAUCUUUACAACAGCAACAGCAGGCAGCUUGUCAAAAAUCGAAGAACGAUCAAAAUAUCAAUCAAAACAAUGCAAAUAAUUCCACGGGAACGUCGUCAGCAUCGAAUACGAGUGAUGAUAAUAAAAUGAAAUCCUCGAAUAAUACACAAAAUCCUUCUCAACAACAAGCUGCAACGACUACUGUUACGCCUGAAAUGACAUCACCUAUGGUUUAUAGUAAUAAUAAUAAUGAAAGCUCAUCAGCAAAUAACAAUAACAAUAGCAAUAACAAUAUGCAUCAUUAUGAGUGCGGCCUAAGUGUUCCGAUGGGCAUGGAUUCCCCAGCCAGUAUUGCAAGCGACAUAACGCAAAACUCUUCCGAUGUGGUAGCCGCUAACACGACAGUUCAUAUGCAGCAACAACAGCAGCCCCAACAAUUCUCCAAUUGUUCUUUACAGAAUCAAACCAACAAUACGCCGAUGCAUAUGGCCAUACAUACCCCGCAUAUUCAACAGCAGCAGCAGCAGCAACAACAACAACAGCAAAGUAGUAUGAAUAUUAAUCAGGGACAGACACUAAAUAAUAUGGCAAGUAAUCAACACAGUUCGCAGCAACAACAAAAUCGUAAAAUAAAUCAGAAUGAAAAUAGCGCUAGUGCUACAGGAUCAGUUCAAAGAUCUUCUACACCAAAAUUAAUGCGUAAUGCUUCAUCGGCCAAUUCUCAUAGGCAGUCGAAACAGCAACAGCAGCAACAACAGCAGCAGCAACAACAACAACAACAACAGCAGCAGCAGCAGCAACAAACUUUAAAUAAUAAUUUGUCCCAACAACAGCAACAACAGGCGCUGGCCAAUCAUGCUAAUCAAUCAAAUGCCGAACAGCAGCAAAGCCAACAAGAGCAGUUACAUAACAUACAAUUUGCCCAAUUGAAUGCGCAUGCGCACCAUCAGAAUAUGCAGAGCUCCGACAAUAUUUACAUAUCCCAUUUAGGCCAAAAUUAUCCAACCAAUACGUCAAAUUCUUACGAUAUUUCAUCAAUGCCAGCGGUUAUACAGCAACGCAUGAAUCUAAAUAAUUCAAUAAAUUCACAUGGCACAGGCGGUACAGUACGAGUCGAGCAACCUUCACCUUCCUGUGCUGUCGUCAAUAAUUUCUAUUUGCAAAAUAAUUUAACAUCAAAUGAGUUGAACAACGCGGCUCGCGUACCUAUUUCGUUACCAUCAAGUGGGUCAUCAACAGCUGCCAGUUCAACAAACGACCAAUUAUCGCAACAUCAAGCCCCUAGAGCCGAAUCAUUGCCAAGCGCUCAAGCAGGCUCGCCAGCUGUUGUUGGCAAUUUAAGUAGUUUAUCUCGGUUGCAACAGCUAACCAACGGUUUGGAAAUAGCACCUUGUAAUACAUCGCCUAUUGGUCAAGUGGAUAUGACGCCUCCACCCCAGCAUGGGCUGACCAAUAACUCCAUGACACCACCUCCCCAUUUGAUCGUGCAACAAAAUCGCAAUUUAAACACUUCACCAAAUAUGCUCCAAUCGCAGAUGGCUUCAUUACAAUAUCAUAAAUAUUAUUCGGGUAAUAUUGCGCCCAUAACAACAACAUCGCAAAGCAUAAGUCGUUCGGUGCGUAAUACUGCUUCAGCACCCAUACAACAUAUUUCUUCGUCACCGUCGGCCUCUUCGCCCAAUACCAGUCGUCCGACUAACGUGCACAUAACGCCCAAUUUAAUGGCUCCUUAUAGCAUUAACAGUUAUCGCAUGCAAGGAGCAUCGACUGGCUAUACCACGAGCAGUGAUUAUCCCAAUUCGCAAAUACCGAUGCAAAUGGGUGUAGUGAAUAUGCAAUCUCAAUAUCAGGACGCUUGUGCUAUACAGAGAGCCGCUCAGCAAAAUACAAUGUAUACUUAUGGGCCCUAUAUGUCAUUGAAUCCGUCUAUGAGAAGAUAGAUGGAGAAGAAAAAAAGUUAAAAUAUUUAAUAUUGCUCAUAUUUAAUAUUUUAACUUUUUCCUCAAAAUGAAUUCGCUGAUUCGAGAAAAGGUAGAAGAUGGAAGGAAGGAAAUCAAAUGAACCGUAAGGAUGGCCUACGAGCGUUUAUAAACAUCCAGAUACCCGCGCGUGCACGUGCGAACAACAAUUUACAUACAGAAGAGAACGUAGUUUAAGUAACAGCAAUGGUUAUACUAAAAGGAGUAUAAAUU